CGCCGCUUAUUUCCUGCGUUUACAUCUUUGACAGUGGGACAUGGAGUCAGAGUCCGGGAAUGAUGAUCUUGGUGCCAAAGGCUGGGAGCCAGGGAGACUCGCUAGCCCACCGAGUGGUUUACUUGGCAGUCUGGAGGAUGACCUCAAUAGAUCUCAAACUCGUUUAAGUUUUCUGGAUGAGGAUAAGGAGUUGGAUACAAAGCAGGAGCUGAUUGAUGACAAAGAAUUUGACAUCCCUCAGGUAGACACACCACCAACGCUGGAAAGCAUCCUAAACGAGACUGAUGAUGAAGAUGAGCCUUUCAUACCAGAAGACCCUGUUCUUCUAAACGUGGAAACCAUUGACACACUCUCCUGUGAUACCUCGUCACUGGCCAGUUCGGACAGUGGUGAUAGGGCUCUCAAGAGGAAAAAGAAGCUUGCAGAUGCUUUUUCUCGCCAUGGAUCUGUGAUGCAUCACACAUUGCUAAAAGGAGUCUCUGCCCAGAUUGUUUCUGCUGCUGAUAAGGUUGAUGCAGGGUUGCCUACAGCAAUAACUGUGUCAAAUCUGAUUGCCGUAGGCACUUCUCACGGCCUGGCAUUGAUAUUUGAUACCAACCAAGCACUGAGACUUUGCCUGGGCAGUACCGCAUUGGGUGCACAAUAUGGGGCUGUGUCUGCCCUGAGCAUUAACAAUGAUUGCUCCAGAUUGCUCUGUGGCUUUGCAAAAGGACAGAUUACAAUGUGGGACCUUGCUGGGGGGAAGCUCUUACGAUCCAUAACAGAUGCUCAUCCUCCUGGAACUGCCAUUUUGCACAUCAAGUUCACAGAUGAUCCUACUCUUGCUAUCUGCAAUGACAGCGGAGGCUCUGUGUUCGAAUUAACUUUCAAACGAGUUAUGGGAGUAAGGACCUGUGAAUCCAGAUGCCUUUUCAGUGGAUCUAAAGGAGAAGUAUGUUGUAUUGAACCCUUGCACACAAAGGCUGAGAUACGAGAUCACCCCAUUAACCAGUAUUCACUGCUUGCUAUGGCGUCUUUAACUAAGAUUCUGGUGAUUGGUUUGAAGCCAUCCCUAAAGGUUUUGAUGACCUUUCCCUAUGGACGUACUGAUCCAUCCAGCGUUCCUCUUUUGGCCUGGAACUUUGUGGCUCUGCAGGGUGCACUCAACCCAAUGCUGGCUUUUUGCAGAGGGGAUAUGGUCCAUUUUCUCCUGGUAAAACGGGAUGAAUCUGGAGCAAUUCAUAUCAGUAAACAGAGACAGCUACACUUACAUUAUGACCUUAUCAACUUUACGUGGAUUAAUGCUCGCACUGUGGUACUGCUGGACAGCGCUGAGAAGCUUCAUGUGAUUGACCGUCUGUCCCAGGAGGAACUAGAGACCAUAGAGAUAUCUGACGUUCAACUUGUGUACAACAGCAGUCACUUCAAGUCACUGGCCACUGGGGGGAAUGUAAGCCAGGCCCUGGCUCUAGUAGGAGAGAAAGCUUGUUACCAGUCAAUCAGCAUAUAUGGUGGACAAAUCUUCUACCUUGGAACUAAGUCAGUCCAUGCCAUGAUGCUGAGGAACUGGCGAGAGAGAGUGGAUCAUUUACUGAAGCAAGACUGUUAUACCGAAGCAUUGGCUCUAGCAUGGUCUUUCCAUGAAGGAAAAGCAAAAGCUGUUGUCGGUCUUUCUGGGGACUUAAAGAAAAGGAAGAGCGUGGUGGCUGAUAAGAUGGUUGAAAUCUUACUCCAGUACACAGACAAAGCAUUGAGAAAGUGCCCCGAGCAAGGGAAAAUUCAGGUGAUGGAGCAACAUUUUCAGGACACUGUGCCAGUCAUGGUUGAUUAUUGCCUUUUGCUACAGCGGACGGAUAUCCUCUUCAGCCAGAUGUAUGAUAAACUAAGUGAGAACUGUGUGGCCAAGGGUGUGUUCUUGGAGUGUUUAGAACCAUACCUACUUCGGGAUCAGCUUCCUGGGCUUACACCACAUGUGAUGAAGGAUUUGCUGCUACAUUUCCAGGACCGUGGCUUGAUGGAUAGUAUGGAAGCCUGUAUAGUUCAUAUGGACAUCACCAGUCUUGACAUACAACAAAUCGUUCAAAUGUGUUGGGAGCACCGACUCUAUGAUGCUAUGAUUUAUGUCUACAACAGCGGCACUAAUGAUUUUAUCAGCCCCAUGGAGAAACUGUUUACAGCCAUAUCGACUCCCAUAAGCUCUGGGAAAUCUCUGACAGAUGAGCAAGUUGUCAUGGGAAACAAACUGCUUGUGUAUAUCAGUUCCAGUUUGGCUGGACGGGCUUAUCCUUUGGGAGACAUUCCUGAAGAUCUAGUACCAUUGGUGAAAAAUCAAGUCUUUGAUUUUCUCAUUCGAUUGCACUCUCCAGAGGCCCCUCAAGAUGAGGAGGUGUACCCCUAUAUCCGUACCCUGCUGCACUUUGACACACGAGAGUUCCUCAAUGUUUUGGCCUUGACAUUUGAAGACUUUACAAAUGAUAAGCAAGCUGUGGAACAUCAGCAACGUAUUGUGGACAUCUUACUAAAGGUCAUGGUGGAGAACUCUGAUUUCACUCCCUCACAAGUGGGCUGCCUGUUUACCUUCCUGGCUCGGCAGCUAGCUAAACCGGACAAUACGCUUUUUGUCAACAGAGUGCUUUUUGACCAGGUUCUGGAGUUCCUGUGUAGCCCAGAUGAUGAUUCGCGACAUUCAGAGAGACAGCAAGUUCUUCUUGAACUCUUGCAAGCUGGAGGUGUAGUUCAGUUUGAAGAGAACAAGCUGAUCCAUCUAGCAGAGAGAGCUCAAUUCUACCAGAUCUGUGAAUUCAUGUAUGAGCGGAAGCACCAAUACGAUAGAAUCAUUGACUGUUACAUGCAUGACCCUAUGAGAAAGCAAGACGUGUUCAACUAUAUACAUAACAUCCUUUCCCUCCCUGGGCACAGUCCAGAGGAGAAGCAGACAACCUGGGAAAAAGCAAUGAUGCAUGUAAAGGAGCUUGUAACAUUGAGCCCCAGCAAAGCAGCUGAUCUUGUCUGUACUCACUUCAGUGAUAAGCUGUGUGAUAUCAUCAUAAAACUGCAGGAUUCGUUAUUGCUUUUCCAGUUUCUUAGAAGUCUACUAGAUCCAAGGGAUGGAGCUCAGAUGACCCCUGAGAUCCUGCAGUCUCAGCCACACAUUACAGAGCUCUUCAUAGACUUAAUGUGCCAGUAUGAUCCUUCCCAGGUAACUCCAAUGCUGCAGAUUCUGGAGCAUUACAGAUUAGAAGAGACUAUUCAGAUUGCACAAAAACAUGAUCAUGAAUCUUUGGCCUAUCUCCUAGAAAAGAAGGGGGACAUUGAGGCAGCUUUUCAAGUUAUGCUUACGAGACUUAAGUGCAUGCUUUCAGCGCUGACCAAAGACUCUGUGGAUUCACCAGGCCUCAAACAAGAAACCACUAUUACAUGUGUGGAGAAAACGUUAUUGGAAACUAUCUCUCUCUGUGAAAGGACAGCGCACACACUAAACCAACAACAGCGAGAGGCCCUGUGGUUUCCUUUGCUGGAAGCGAUGAUGUCACCACAGAAGCUUCUCAGUUCAUAUUCCUGCCAGUUGUAUUCUGAAUCAUUAAAAAGUAUGACCAUGGAGGUUCUAAAUAGCAUGGCACCAUACAUCCCCCUCCCAUCCAUCCUCCAGAGAAUCCUGCAGGAUCCUGUGUAUGGAAGAGGAAAGUUGGGAGAAAUACAAGGCCUGGUUUUAGGAAUGCUAGACACCUUUAAUUAUGAAAGGACAUUACUGGAAACUACCACCAAUCUAUUGAACCAGGACCUGCACUGGUCACUUCGCAAUCUCAAAUCUUCAAUUGCAAGGGCACUGGUUCCCAAGCAAGACUACUGCUGUGUGUGUUUGCAACAGUACAAGAGAAGGCAGGAAGCUUCCGACGAGAUCAUUGUCUUCAGCUGUGGUCACUUGUACCACUCACUCUGUCUUCUGGGGAAAAACUGCAAGGUUGAUGCAGGUGAACAGAGCCAAUGGAUCUGCUUUCGGUGCAGCUCAAGCAGCAAAAUCCAAGUUGGGUGCCAACCAGGCACAGCAGUAAGUAAAGGGAGAAUGCCAUCUUUGGUGCAGUCAAGCUGUGGCUCCAUCUUAGACCCGCAACAGCUGCAGGCAUUUGACCAGCUCUGCCGUCUAUAUAAAGGAACAUCACGGUUGGCACUUCUGACUGAACUGUGCCGUUCUCAAAGUCCAGAGAAAUCAGGCAGCUACCACCCAUCUCAGGGAGGCCUUCCCUCAAGCAGCGUAUUUCAAAAUGAGAACUUUCAGCUGCACCUUGCCCCCCCUCCAAUUAUUGAUGACUAACCAAGAAAUCUACUCCUGUCAAUGCCCAAAAUGAGUGGUUUGAAAGCGGCCCAUUUUAAAACAGGUCUAUCUGCAACAAAGAGGGUCUAAUGUCUGACCAAACCGUUUGGAAAUGUCCAAAGAAAGAAAUGUGGGACUGUAUUUGAAUGUGUAUGGCAAUACAAAGUUUUUUCAAAGAUUGGUUGACAUGUAUAAGAAGUCUUUAUGUCUCUGUGUGCUCUCAAAUAUGUUAAGUUUAAUGUUAACACUCCGAUAUCUUUGGCACAAAUCCUUUUUUAUGCUUAAUGUUUGUCCAAGCAGACCAAGAACUCUGUGCCAGAUUAUUGAUGCAUGUAGACAGGCCGACUGGUAUAUAUCUAGAUGCACAACUUCAAUUCGAGAGCAAACUGGAGAAUUCUCAACCAUAUUCCCUGCAAUCCUUACAGUUAUGUAAUGUUUUCUAUGUACACCUUCAUGUUAAUGAACUUAUACAGUAUGUACUAAUUUUAUUUCAUAUAUUCAUGUUUGAUAAGUACAUUCCAUUGAUAUUUGUGAUUCUUGGUUGCCUGUCUUGGUGAGAAGUCACUUGUAAGAAUACAGCCCUAUUAACCUUCUUAGAAAA